AUGAACAUCCUCCUGCGCUACGGUGAAUUCCACAACUUGACCUUUGCCUUUCCUGUUCGCUAUACAUAUUACUUUUACCCAAAGUUCUUUUCAGCCUCAUAUGUGGAUGGAUUUUCUGAAAAGGGGAAUAAGAUCUUCAACAUCAUGUGCCAUCAUAUGCGCUUCAUGGUCACAGAGGUUCAAAAAGUAAUGCCAAAUGACACUUUUUAUUUCACUGUCCUGCGGAACCCAAUCUCCCUUAUGGAAUCGUCUUUUUCUUACUACAAAGACAAAGGGCCAUUCACAAAGGCUAGUAACCUGGAAGACUUUCUCAACAAUACCUCUACAUAUUAUGAUGUUAAAAUGAACAAUAGCCACUUAGCUAAGAACUUAAUAACUUUUGAUUUAGGAUUCAAUCCCAAUGGUGUUGACACCAUUAAAAAUGUAAAGACAACACUGGAGACAGUAGAUCAAAUCUUUGAUCUAGUGCUUAUCAUGGAAUACUUUGAUGAGUCUCUUAUUCUUUUGAAGGAUGCCCUUUGUUGGUCAUUUGAUGAUGUAUUGUCCUUUCCACUUAAUAGGAGAAGUAACAUGACCAAGAAAGCCCUCACUUUGGAAACACAAGAAAAAGUGAGAAGAUGGAACAGUCUUGACUGGCAAUUGUAUAUCUAUUUCAACAAUUCCUUCUGGAAACAUGUAGAGAAGUUUGGAAGGGAGCGAAUGCAACGUGAGGUUCAGAUACUACAAAUGAAAAGGAGUGAGAAUGAAAAAAAAUGUUUGCAGAGUGAGGUUGUCCCCAGUAAGAUAAAAGGCAAUUUAAUGAUGCCACAUCAGUCUGGAAUUGCCACAAUUCUGGGAUACAACCUGAAACCUGAAAUUAAAACAAACAGGUCCCUGUGCCAGAGACUUAUCAUACCAGAGGUCCAGUAUAGUAAUCUCUUACGUUACUUGCAAAAAAGGAAACAAAAACUAUUUUAUGAAAAUAAAGCAGGAGCAUAA